AUGCACGCCAAAACUCUUGCUGCCGGCCUCGCCGUUGCCGCCCUCUCCCUGAUCCCCUCCUGCCCUGCACCCCCGCUAGCCGGCCUGAUUAUCACCGGAAUUGCUGCUCCCCUGGCGGGUAACCUCAUCUACAUCGGCCUUAAAAGCGGCGGCGUCGGGAAGCGGGACGCCGAGGCCUUCGUCGAUGGCCUUGAGGACCUCGAGAAGCGCCAGUCCUGGCCCGGUGUGCCUGACUACAACAUUCAAAUGUGCCGUAAUGCCAAUGUCGGCCGGACCGUGACUGUCCGGGAGACAUCUGUCAACUCUCUUCGUGUUGAGAAUGUGGCGCCGGAGUGCAUGGUUCUGGCCACUCUAUUUACCGAACAGGGAACUCCCAUCCCGUGUGGCUCUGCUUGCCUUGACUAUGUCAACUUGAGCGCCGCUGAUAAGCAGAAGCUGAUGGAUAUUGUGCACAAUCUUCUUUGA